AAGCAGAAGUAAAUGAGCAGAAGAAGCAGAGGAGAGAGGAGGAGUUACACACAAUGCUUAUUGCUGGGAGGAAGAGGAAGGCUCAGAGUUUCAGAGGAGUGCGGGUGUGAGCAGUGCUGAAUAUCUUAUUUAGACCAUGGAAAUUCUGGGGAAUGUCUUGGACAUAGCACAAACUAUCUAUGGUCUGUGUGAUCAGGCCAGUUCCAACAAAAGGCAAUGUUCUCGUCUGAGGAAAAGAAUUGAAAUCUUGCUGGUGGCUGCUACUAAGAUCAAGAAACAGCCAGAGAAGUCCAGUGAGCUUAAGGUUGUUUUGAGGGAGCUGCAGCUCACUUUGAGGAAUGCCAAGUCCUGGGUUCUUAAAUAUUCCAAUCAGGGGUGGUGGAUGAAAAUCCUCAAAGCUAACUGUAUAAAGGAAGAGUUUGAUCUAAUAAAUGAUCGCCUUAAGGAUGCUGCUGAUGACAUCUCUGUACUGCUUGCUAUAGAACAUCGGGAAAGCUUUCUCAAAUUUUUUGAUGAAAACAAAAGGCUAAAACAGAGCCAGAAAGACAUCGAAGAAGACAUGAGUGAACUAAAAGAACGCCUCAAUAGUGGUGUUGGGAGUCUGACUAAGGACAUCAGUCAUGUGGCGGAAACGGUGGAAGAUACAAAUUCUGGAGUAAAGAACAUACUCAAUCAAGUUGAAGAAAUAAAGUCCUUGUUAUCUUCAGGAACAAGAACUCCACGGCUUUGCACAGAGAUAAAGUCUGAGGAUCUGAUAUGGGGAGCUCUUGUGAUGGAGAAGCCUAACUUUGACCUGUAUAGAGGACAGUACUAUAAGAGUCCAGUGGCUAUAAAGGUUUUGAAGGGACAGCCCUUGGAAAAUGUUGAAAAAAUCAGAGAAAUAUUUAAUUUGGAGAUAAAGACAAUGAAAAAAUAUGAAUGCGUGAAUAUUAUACGUGUAUUUGGCAUAUGUAUAGACAAAGCAAAGAGUGAGCCUUACUACUGUAUGGUGACUGAGUUCUGUGAAAAGGGGACUCUCAGAGAGCUGCUGAGCAGAGAGAAGAACCUCCCCUGGAAUCGGCGUAUUCACAUGACAUUGGAUGCUGCAAGAGCAUUGUACAGGUUACACCAGACAGAGACAAAACCUAUGCUUCAUGGGAGCCUGAGCAGUUCAAAGUUCUUGGUAGAUGGCACUUAUUGCCUUAAGCUAUCUGGAUUUGAACUAUCAAAGACAGAGUCCUCCAUGAGAAGACAACCUAAUGUUGAGAAGCAAAAACAAAACAUAGAAUGGUCGUACAUUGCCCCUGAAACAAUGCAGAAUAUCAACGCUUACGAUAAACAUAGUGAGAUUUACAGCCUGGGAAUUGUGUUUUAUGAAAUUGCAACUGGCAGGAUUCCAAUACAGGGUCUUUCCGGCACAAACCCAAAUGACAUGUACCAAAAUCUAAGUAAAGAUAUGAAAGAAGGUCUGCCUGCUGACUGCCCAUCUGUCCUGUCUGAUCUAAUUGUACAAAGCACAGGAACUAAUCCCACUGAACGACCCUCAGCUGGAGUUAUUGUGGAUUUACUCAUGGACUAUUUAAACCAACAAGAGGCCAGUGAGGCUGCUGCAUUGAUCGGCAAUAUGGGUUUCACUGAAGAAAAUUGAGAUAAAGGACUGUUCAUAAAUGUAUAAAAGUUGCAGUCAGACAUUCAAGGUUCCAGUAAUAAAAGCUAUUGUCAGAAGGUUUAAAGAAAACCCUCAAACUGAAAAAAAAAAACAACUGUGUUCAGAAAUGUCUUAA